CUGGCCUUUUGGAGGAAGGGGACGGAGGAGAGCAACUCCCGUCUUCACCCUGAUUUGCUUUCUAGUGGGAGCUCAUCACGGCUGUCUUCUCCUAGGCUAGGGUACCAGGGCAGUGUCACAGCAUCCUCCAGCGGUGCGCACGGCGGAUGAACCGACGGUUGCCCCGAGUCAACGCGCCGAGCUGGGCAAGGUCCCCACCACACCCCGCCCACUCCACCGCAGCUGAAACCAAUCCGGGUAACGACCUAACGACCGAGAGGCUUCUCGAAAGAAGAGAAAGCGCAGCUGCGCGGGACACCCUAGAGAGCCUGCAGGUGUGCAAGUUUACCAGACGCACGAGAGCACGCUCCCCUCUUGUCAGCCGCCAACUCCCGGCUCCCGCUGCCCAGCAGCCCCCGCGGGGGUGGGCGGGACCCAGCUGCCGGGGAACCGACCGGCCCCCGGGGGCCAAGAGGACCGAGGGCGUGCGUCCGUGCGAGCAGAGGGCCUUUGGGGCGGCAGCCUUCCGACCUCACCUUCCAGGUCCCGCGGCACCUGCUGCGCCCUCCUCACGUUUUCCCUGGUCUCCAGCCUCGGAAAACUACCCUCUCUUUCCCUGCCAGGCGUCCCACAGGCGGAGACUUGCGGAGGCGGCAGAGGAGGGCUAUCUGAAGGGGGUGGGGACGUGGAAAGACGGUCCCAGCCUUCCCCGCUCGCCUCCCCCACCCCAACUCGGCAGCCGUCACGUGGUGCCUGGAGUGGGAGGUGGGGAGAAGAGGCGAGACUUUUUUGGGUGCUCCGGCUCGCCAGUAGUUCCUUCAGUCUCCGCCGCCAACUCCGAAGACGCAUUACUUCUCUCCCGGGAGCGUGAGCCAGAAGAGCGGCGACCCGCAGCCGGGAGCACCGGCGCGGGCGAUGCGGGCGCCGGCGGCGGCACCUGCGGCUCCUCUUGGAGGCGGCAAUCGCCUCGGCGGCAGCAGCGCGGGCCCCAGCAUCCUCCGCAGCCACAGCCGCUGCGGCCCGGACAGCCUCGGCCGCGGUCGCUGCUUCUGAUGCGCUUGCCCGCUCCCGGCCCCGCGGCUCCAGGAGGAUGUGGGUCCUCGGCAUCGCAGCAACUUUUUGCGGAUUGUUCUUGCUUCAAGGCUUUGCGUUGCAAAUCCAGUGUUACCAGUGUGAAGAAUUCCAGCUGAAUAACGACUGCUCCUCCCCCGAGUUCAUCGUGAAUUGCACCGUGAACGUUCAGGACAUGUGUCAGAAAGAAGUGAUGGAGCAAA